UUUCAAAUUAUUGCUGUUUUAGCAAGAUAAUAAAUUGUUACUAAUAUGGAAAAUCUAUUCCUGUAAAUCAUGAAGUCUGGUCAGUUGGACCAUUCUAUAGUUUCGCUUGGUAUUGAUCCGUCUCGUUACUAUGAUAACGAUAAAGGUAUUAGGAGCAAAUCGUUUUAUCGGAAGUGGAGAGGCUUAACAUCUCAACAGAAAUGCGUAUGGAUUUUGUUAAUGUUCUCACUGCUCUCACUGUUUUAUGUAUUCGCGCACAAAACUAGAGUUUCUGUAGGAUCUAUUCAUGGAACGUUUGAACAUGUCCCUCACCCUUUAAAUAAUCCACGACAUAAAAAACUAGAUAAAAAAAGAUAUAUUGAAAAAAUACAUAGAGAACUAGACGAAAAAAUUCGUCCUUUGAAACGUGGCCCACCCAAACUUCGGGGUGGUCUCGUCAAGUCCUCCACAGAAGAUACUCAUAACGUAGAUAAACACAGACAGAAUGUUAAUAAUAAGCCUGGGAAAUUAGAUUUGUAUGUAAAGGAUCUUGAAAAAAAUAACGCAGUCAGGAUACCAGAAGAUGGCAUGCGUAAACUUGCACCAAAAGAUGACCCAAAGAAAUUAGAUCAUGUUGAUAAUAAAAGCGCUGAAGCAAAAAAUGACAAAAUAGAAGAUGCAAAUGGAAAAAGCAAAGACUAUGCUCGUUUUCCUGAGAAUAUUCCAAUGACUGCAAGACAGUUGGGAGUAGUAGAGACAUGCAAGCAUGCUUGGUUGGGGUACAGAAAAUUUGCAUGGGGUCAUGAUGAACUUGCACCAAUAGCUAGAUCACACCAUGAAUGGUUCAUGCUUGGGCUGACCAUUGUUGAUUCUUUAGACACCUUGUGGUUAAUGAAUAUGAAGAAGGAAUAUAAAGAAGCCAGAGAUUGGGUAGAGAACGAGUUGUCCUUCUCCAAGCCAGUUACAGUGAAUUUAUUUGAAACUACAAUUCGUAUAUUAGGCGGAUUAUUGAGUAUUUAUCAUAUGACUGCGGAUAAGAUGUUCCUUGAGAAAGCUGCUGAUCUUGGUGAGCGACUGUUGGGUGCUUUCAACUCACGUUCGAAAAUUCCUUACUCCGAUGUCUUGCUACGUGACAAAGUAGGCAAGCCUCCUUCAUGGAGUCCAGAUAGCUCUCUAUCGGAAGUGACUACUAUUCAGCUUGAAUUCAAAGAUUUAUCAUAUGCUUUAAACAACCCUGCGUACAAGUCGGCUGCGGACAAUAUUAUGCUUCAUAUAUUCUCACUUCAAAGAAACGCAGGCUUAGCACCAAUAUAUAUAAACGCUGACUCAGGAGAGUUCCGUCCUGGUUCUCACAUUACGUUUGGAGCACGGGGUGAUAGUUAUUACGAAUAUUUGCUCAAACAGUGGAUCCAAACUGGCAAGACUGAUGAAGUAAUGAAAAAAGAAUAUUUAACAGCAAUGGAGGGGAUGAAAAAACUACUGGUGAGAAAAACAAAAACGACUGGAUUAACGUUCGUUGGUGAACUGCUAGCUGGAAGAAAUUUUAGUCCCAAAAUGGACCAUUUAGUGUGUUUUCUUCCGGGAACACUUGCUCUUGGUCACUAUCAUGGUCUGCCAGCUUGGCAUAUGGAGCUUGCCAAAGAAUUGACGGAAACUUGCUAUCAGAUGUAUGCAAGAAUGGAGACAGGUUUAAGUCCUGAAAUAGUAUAUUUUAAUACUGAAGAAGGUGCUGCUGUCGAUCUAUAUGUCAAGCCUUUGGAUGCACAUAACUUGCUUCGACCAGAGACUGUUGAAUCGUUACAUAUUAUGUAUCAAAUUACCAAAGACAAGAAAUAUCAAGAAUACGGCUGGAAAAUUUUACAAGCCUUCAAUAAACAUUGUAAAGUGCCGUCCGGCGGUUACGUCAGUUUGAAUGACGUCAGAAACAGUGCAAAUCCCAGGCCAGGAGGAGCGAGAGACAAGAUGGAGAGCUUCUUUUUAGGAGAGACGUUGAAGUAUUUAUAUUUACUUUUCAGUGACGUUGAUGUUAUUCCUCUUGAUAAAUAUGUGUUUAAUACUGAAGCACACCCUUUACCAGUAUUUAAACAUUAAUUUCUUACUUAUUCAUUUUAUGCAAUUUUGUAGAUUUACUAGACUGUUUGUUAUUGACUUUGUUCAGUUAGAUUCUGCAAAAUAACCAAUUUUAAUUAACUUUUACAAAAAUUGUGUACAAUCAUCGCAUCAGUUCAACCUCAAUUAUGGUUAAUCUUUUUCAGCAUGAAAUAUUGCAAUGUUUAUUAUGAAAAAAAAUAAUGACUUUUUAAUAUGCUAUAUGUUCGAGUUGCUACAACUUCUAAAAAAUCUGCAAUUUGCGGAAAUUUUUUAAAAUAUAAAAAAAAAACAUUAUUCAAACCUGAAUUUCUUAUGUCUCUUGUAUUAAAAUUAAUUUUUUGUUAAUCCGUUUGUUUUUCUCAUUAACUCACGUGAUUAAAAACUUUGUUUUAGGGAUGUCAAACUUAUUCUUUUCCUCAAAAAUUGUUGUUGUAAUUAUGUUUGAUCUAAUCAUAAUUAUCCAAAACAUUCUAAAAGUAGGCUUAAAGUCUCAAAAAUAGCCUGGAAUAUAUAAAGAAAAUGUCCUAAAAAGAUGAAAAAAGAGUUCUGGUAUUUGUAGCAAACUUGAUGCACCGAAAAUACUCGAUUAAACUCCGGAGCUUAUUUGUCAGAAAAUAUUUUUGAAGAUGUGACUUAUUAGACGGGGGACUUAAUAAAUUGACAACAAUUUUUUUAAUAUCACACAUUCAGCAAACAAUCACAGGGCUUAGUUAAAAGAUGAUGGCCCAUGAAAAAAUUAAGGGAGUGUUUGUAGAAAAUCUUUUGCUACUUUUUCUUGCUUUUGCAUAUUACAAAAAAAGGUUAUCUCGUUUUCUUUUGUACACCUAGCAACUGUGACGUCAUAUAAAGAAACUAUUAACAUAUGAAAAGACAUUUCUUUUAUUUGCCAACGUUUUUAAAUUAUUGCUUUUAAAGGGUCAACUUUUGAGGUUUGUACUAAGUUUUGAAAUUCUAAUAAAACCGAAAACAUGUUUUUAUUAAUUAGUUUUGUUAAAAAUAAAAACCCUUUGUAAUAUAUCCUAAUUAAAGGGUAAUUUAAAGUAAAAGGGUAAAGCCAUAAUCCCGACCUAACGAGUUUUAGCUGUGUUUUGAUGCUCGUAUAAUUUAUUUAUUUACUUUUUAUAACCACAUUUUUUAGAGGUCGUGUCAAUUUUAGUGGCAUCAAAAUAUUGUUUUUUUUUCUUUAGAUGUUUAUUUAUUUGGUUAUUUGAAUAUAAUAAAUACUCAAAUAUUAGAA